AUUUGGAAUUCCGCCAUUGAUCACAACAGCCAGAUUACGAGAAAAGAGCAUUUCAGCAUUCAACCAUCAAAACGCAGUUUGCUCCGUCGUUUUAGGUCUUCUUGCGGGGGCUUUUCUGCAACAAUGGAGUCACCGUCUAAGCCAGCGAGAGGUGCGGGAGGAAGGAGAGGAGGAGACAGGAAGAAGGCGGUUUCACAGUCGAUUAAGGCGGGACUCCAGUUUCCGGUGGGUCGUAUUGCUCGUUACCUGAAGAAGGGCCGUUAUGCUAUCCGGUACGGAUCCGGAGCUCCGGUUUAUCUCGCCGCUGUUCUCGAGUAUCUCGCUGCUGAGGUUCUCGAGCUUGCUGGGAACGCAGCGAGGGACAACAAGAAGAACAGGAUAAACCCCAGGCACUUGUGCUUGGCCAUACGUAAUGACGAGGAGUUGGGGAAACUGCUACAAGGGGUAACCAUUGCAAGCGGAGGAGUGCUUCCGAAUAUAAACCCUGUUCUCCUUCCCAAGAGGACUGGUGGCGGCGCCUCUGCUUCUUUGUCUGAAUCUGAGAAGUCAUCUGCAAAGAAAUCUCCCAAAGGAAGCUAAAAGAUUCGGAGAGAGAAGAGAAGUGAUGUUUCAAAAUUGUUGCUUGUGGGUAGUUCGUCGCGGAAGAACAACUUGUUUUUCGUAGUUGCAUCGUUCUGUGUUAAGGUUCUUUGUUGUCAACGAAAUCUAGUUCGCAGUAUGUAUAAAGUCCACUGCUCUGUAAUGGGAUCAAAGAUUUCAGGGGGAUGUUGCCUUGAAGUUCAUU